GCAUCAACUACGAGGCGGCUGUGCAACAGCUCAAAGUUGCCAAACAGUCGAUGCUCAAAGCCAAGCCGCUCGAUCAGCAGGCGCAGUCGUUGCGCGAUCAGAUCGAGCGGGCCAAGGAGAAUAUCAACAAGGCGGAGUUGGAGGCGACCGAGAAGCUCGAGGAGAUAUCCAAGCUCGCGGACGAGUGGUCGGACCUGCAGGCCGCCAUCACCACGGCGCGCGAGGAGGUGGCGCAGCUGGAGGCGCAGCAUGCGAUCACUGUGCGCUCGGACUCGAUGGCAGCAGCUACGCCCAAGCCGAACACGACCAGUCCGUUCCCGUCGCUCAACCAGUUCAUGCAAACAUUGCAGCAAGGGCCAGUCACGGGAGUGCCAGUGCACAUCCAGCAGCAGGUCCAUGCGCUGGAGGAGAGCAUCAAGCAGGCAGCGCAGCAUCCUGAGGGCGCAGCCGCCGUGGACGUCGCCAGCCAGCUUCCGCCGCAGCCUGCCAUGCUGGCAGGCGGCCCGCCAGGGCCCGCUGCUGGCGCGCAGCCAGCGGCGGCCGUGGCGGAGGCGCCUGGGGGGCCCGACAGCUUCCCCAAGGUUGGCGAGCGCGAGAACGACGGCAUGGGCGCCACCGAGUCGACGAAGCAGAAGGCCCGCGGCACCAUCGCGGUGGAGUCCACCGACCAGGAGACCAAGAAGGCCCGAGCGGCGCUCACCAAGGCGACCGAGGCGGCGAAGGCCGCUGGGAAAAGGUUAGACUCCGCGGAGACAAGUUGGCACGUGCCGUUCAAUGGCGUGAAGGCCGCGGCUGGCAUGCAGUCAUUUCACUUUGCGAUGUCG